AUGGGUCACGCAGCAGAAGUUGAAGUGGCAGGAGGAGGAGGGGUGGGGUUUGGAGGAGGGGAACGAGAGCGCGCUUUCACAUUGCUGCAGCCGCCGCCGCUGCUGGUUGGUGCGUCUGUGGGAAGGUUCGGGGAAGGAUCAGCGGAGGUGAAGGAGCAAUGGUGCGAAAGGGACAGGCAGGGAGCGGGGAAAAGGGUUGGCGCGGAGGAGGGUCUAUUGGCGAGGAAUGCGGCUGGUUCUGUCUGUCAGGAGAUUUCUGAGGCGCCUCAAAGGGCUGAAGCCGAGGAACGGGCUGGAGCAGAGGAAGCGGAUGGAGCAGAGGAAAUAGGUGAAGGGGAGAAAGCGGACGGAGCAGAGGAAAUAGCUGAAGGGGAGGAAGCGGAUGGAGCAGAUGGAAGGGCUGAAGGGGAGGAAGCGAAUGGAGCAGAGGAAAAGGAUGGUGAUCAGUGUCUAGAAGACAUGUCAUCAUCGCACCCUUCCUCCUCUUCCCUCACACUCCCCCUCACGCACUCCCCUCCCUUAGCCGCCAGCACCACCACCACCGCCGCAGCAUCCGUCCUCCCUGUCCCAUCCCCGUCCCUUUCUCCCACCCCAUCUGCACAUCUUUCCCUUUUCCCGUUCCCCUUCCCCUUUCCCUUCCCCUUCCAUCUCCCUCCAUUCUCUGCUGACUCCACCCCUUCCUCCUCCAAUCAUCCCUCUCGCUUUACCACUCCAGGCCCCCACCCGCUCAACACCCCUGCUUCCACCGCCCACUCUCUACACCGCCCGUUCUCCCUGUACCGCCCAAUAUCGCCCUCAAACCGCUCUCUAUCCUCCAAAACCCUUUACAGUCCGUCCUCUUCGACCCUUUCUCCCGCUCUGCCUGCACCGCAACGAGCAGCACCAUCUUCAGCAGCAGGUUCCGAAGCCGUCACAGCAGCUGUAGGAAGAUCCGGUUGUAGCAGCGCUCUUCCCAGUGCUGCUACAGCCGGGUGCAGGUCGGCAGGGUCCGGCAUGGCAGUGGGCAGCAGCAGGAUGAGCAGCUUUAGCGAGUUCAGCCUCCCUCCAAACGCACUGGACGAAGGGAGGAACCACGCGGCAUGGCAUGGGGCGCUGAGACUCAGAGGCGGCAGCAGGUACGGCACUGCCAGAUGUGCCACUGCUGAGUGUGACACUGCCAGGUGUGACUCUGGCGGAUGUGACACUGCCAGAUGUGACUCUGCCGGGCGUGACACUUCCGGGUGUGACUCUGCCGGGUGUGACUCUGCGAGACGUGCCCCUUCGCAGAACAGAAAAUUGAGCAAGAGUUUGUCGCUAGAGGAGAGGGUUCUGGGACUGGGAGGGCUUGCAGAAGGAGUCAGCUACGGGUGGGGCGUGGGGCUUCUGAGGCUUGACGACGCCCUGAAGAACGGAGGAAGCGAGCAUUUGAGUGACCACGGUGGGGCCAGCUCGAGUGGUGAGGCGUCUCAAGCCUCUAGUUACGGCUGGGGCGUGGGGCUGUUGAGACAGAGAGACGGUCUGAAGCAAGGAGGAAGAGGGGAAGCGAGGACGGAAGGUCCGGGGAGGAGUGUGGGUGAGUAUGACGGUGUUACGACACAGGGGAGUGUUUUGAAGCAGGGGGGUGUGGAGGAGCGGAGGAUGGAAGUUAAGGCCUUAACUGAGAGCAAGAGCAGGGAUGGUGGGGAUUUGGGCAGGAACACGAGGAGGGGUUGUGGUGAGUUGGGCAACGGACGAAGGGCACGUGACUUGGGCACAUGCAGCAGCAGGGCUGGUGAGAGGAGGAGCACUGAGAGGAGCAGCAUCGAGGGGGGCAGCUUUGUGGGGAACCGAAACAAUCUUCUUGCGAUGCUGGUAUCGUUACAGCAGUCGCACAGUCAGCAGCAGGAUUGUGAGGCCCGUCGACACGAGAGCAGGCUUGUAGAGGGCUUGAUGGGGAGAAGGACGGGGAGCAGCCGGGGGAGAAGCAAACGAAGCCGCGGGGAAUGGUCAGUGAGGAGUAAGGGGCUGGUUGGACCGAUUGAGGAAGAGGAGGGAGAAAUAGGGGAGGAGAGAGAGGAGGCGAACGGGGGGAGACAAGGGGGGAGGGGAAAGGAGGAGGAGAAAGGGGAGUGUAAGGAUCUUCAUAGCCUGGUGCACGAAUGGCUGGAGAUGGAAGGAGAGGCUGAGCUGGCAAGCGGUGAUUCGCCGAUUCUGGACAUAAUAACGCUCACAGCGUUACUGGGGGCUGCUGGGGUUGGGGUGUCGUCCAGACGGGAGAAGUGGGAAGAGAGGCAGAUGUGCGUGGAUUCGAAGGGAGGAGGUCUGCUGGCUCAGAGUCCUUCCUUUGAAGCGCUGCCGCAGCUGCCCUUGGCCAUGGCGCGGGAGGGAUGUGAGGCUAGGUCUGGUGUGGACUGCGGUGCUGCUCGGUUGGGAACAUCUCAGCAGCUGCUGCCCCUGUCCAUGGCGCGGGGAGGACGUGAGGUUGGGCCUCAGGAGAUCUCUCAAAGGCAGGGUGAAGCGUUUGAGGGGCCUCAGCAGCUGCUGCCCCUGUCUCUUGCGCGUGGGGGAUGCCAAGUUGGGCCUUCACAGGCGUUGGAGGGGAAAGAGGAGUUGGGGGAAGAGAGGGAAGAGGAAGAGAUGGAGGGAGAAACGAGGGAGGGGGAAGAGAGGGAAGGGACAGGGGACGGGAAUGGUGGGGAAGGAGGAGAGGGAGGCGAGGGCAGAAGGGGAAAAGGGGGAGAGAGCAAUGGAACAGGCGGAGGGGGAGCAGGGGGAGAAGGGGGAGUAGGUGGGGCAGGCGGAGUGGGCAAUGAUGGGGAGGAGGGUGAUGGAGGGGAGGGCGAUGACGAGGGGAAUGGUGGAGAGGGAAGUGGGAAUGGGGAUGGAGGGGAGGAAGGGGAGGAUGGGGAGGAGGAGGAUGGUAGUUGUGAGAGAGAGGAGGGAGUUGACGAAGAGGAGAAGGAGGAAGAAGGGGUGGAGGAGAAUGAGGAGGGUGAGAUAAGGGCAGAUGAAGAGGUUUCGCAGGAAAAAGGAGAGAAGUCGCUGUUCUGUAGGCAGCAUGAGGGAGUGGCUGCGUCAGGGACAGUAGCAGAGGUGAGAACAGGAGAAGUGUCAGAUGUUGAGAGAGUAGAUGCGGUAGAGACAGCUGAUAACAGGUUUGCUGAUGCAGACCAAUGGUCCUUUGAAUCGACUCAAGAGGGGCUUGCGAGUCCUGAUGACUCUGAAGCAGCAGCGGUAGUGGCAAUGGCAGCUGAUCAGCUCACUCCAGGUUAUGCAGCGGCAGAGGUUGCUAAGAAUCCCAAUAACUCUGAACGAGGGUCCUUUGAGCCAACUCAGGAGGGGCUUGCGAGUCCUGCUGACUCUGAAGCAGCAGCGGUAGUGGGAAUGGCAGAUUAUGCAAUGGCCGAGGUUGGUUCUACGGAGAGCCCCAAUAAUUCUGAACAGGGGUCCUUUGAGUCGACUCAAAAGGGGUUUGCAAGCCCUGCUGACUUUGCUUCUGCUCAGGACUUGCUCGAUUCAGCUGGGGAGGGGUUUGCAAGCCCUGCUGACUCGGCUCAUGUUUCGGCUGAGUCGACUCAGGAGGGGCUCCCAAGCCCUGCUGACUUUGCUUCUGCUCAGGACUUGCUCGAUUCAGCUCGGGAGGGGUUUGAAACCUCUGCUGACUCUGCUCAAGUUUCCGUUGAGUUGACUCAGGAGGGGCUUCCAAGCCCUGCUGACUUUGCUUCUGCUCAGGACUUGCUCGAUUCAGCUCGGGAGGGGUUUGAAACCUCUGCUGACUCUGCUCAAGGUUCCGUUGAGUUGACUCAGGAGGGGCUUCCAAGCCCUGGAGACUCUGCUGCUGCUCGGAAUUUGUUCGAUUCAGUUGGGGAGGGGUUUGCGAGCCCUGCUGACUGUGCUGUUGCUCGGGUGGGGUUUGACAGCCCAGCUGACUGUGCUGCCGCUCAGGAUUUGUUCGAUUCAGCUGGGGAGGGGUUUGCGAGCCCUGCUGACUGUGCUUCUGCUGAGGAUUUGUUUGACUCGGCUCGAGAGGGGUUUGAAAGCCCGUUUAGCACCGAACAAGUGUUCUUUGAGGCGACUGGGAAGGGUUGCGAGUGUUCGGAGAAUGAUAAUAACGAGAAAGAGGUGUUGUUUGAUACCUUGGCCGCCUUCAGUCCAGAGGCUUUUACUUUUGAGGGUGCUGGUGAUGAUGCUGAGAGCAGUAGAAAGGGGGGAGCAGCUGCAGGAGUCGAAACAGAGAGUGAAGCAUCAGAGGGAGGUGAGAUUGCUGUAAGAAGGAUUGAGACGUCUCAGGAUUGUGUAUAUACCAACGGCAGCAAGGGAAAUCAGGAACUCUUGGGUUUGGAUGUUACAUGGAUGAAGGAGCAAGGGGACGACGAGAAGGAGAGGGAAACGACGGAGAGGAGAGAGGAGGAGAAGGAAAGGAUGUGCAUCGACGUGGAAGAGGAGGAUGCAGGGAGUGCAGUGGGUGCAGUGGGGUUGACUGCGGUGGAUACAACAGUUGGAGAGGAUAUGACAGGCGCUAGGGAUAUGAUGGAGAGGGUAGGCCUUGUGGGCAUGCUGCUGAGACGGGUACGAAACCGGUUGGGUAAGCAAGACGUGCAGGAGGGAUUGGGGGAGGAAGUGGGCGAGGGUUUGAGGGAGGGAGUGAAGGAGGAAGGUGGGGAGGAAGUGGGGCAAGACGUCGAUGAGAGAUUGGGAGAGAAGGUGGGGAUGGAAGUGCGGGGAGGGGAGGAUGAGAGUGAGGAAGUGGGGAGAGGGGGAGAAAUGAGGGAGGAAGUGGGGGGUGGGGAAGAAGAGAGGGAGGAGAAGGGCAGAGGGAAAGAAGAAAGGGAGGAAUUUGAAAGAGAGGACGUAGAGAGGCAGGAAGUGGGGAGGGGGGAAGAGGAAAGGGAGGAGGAGGGGAGAGAGGAAGUGAGGAGAGAGCAGAGAGAGGAGGAGCGUGAAGUGGAGGAGUCAAAGAGAGGAGGGAAGCAGGCGUGGGAGGAGGAGGAGGAGAGGGUGGAGAGGUUGGAGCAGCUGCUGCUGCGCAUCAAGGCAAGGCUGGUGCUCGUCAACUCAUCUGCUGCUGCUACUGCUGCUGCUGCUGGAUCAUCUGAGUCGACUGCUGUCAACGCAGUAGCUGCUGCUGCAGCUGCUGCUCCUGCACCUGCUGCACCGGUCAACUCAGCAGCUGCUGCUGCCCGUUCAACUGAAGGGCCGUCUCGUACCGAGACACGUAUAGUAACCUUUGACUUUAACCAAGAGGCAGGACCACAAAUGGAGACAGCAGCGCAUAUGGAGACAGGAAAUGACCUGUUUUUCGAAACGGUUCAGGAUUCACCCACGUCGGUCAACUCAGCACCAGUCACAUCCCCCUCACCGCACUCACCCAACUUUGCCCCACCACUUGCCUCCCUGGAUACAGACCCCUCAUACCCCUCGUUAGAAGCACAUCCCUUUCUGCCAGAAGAUCCGUCCCUUGUUGGAACCACAUCCCAGGCUCUUUCAGACGCCAUUUCCAUCUCUCCUGACUUGACCUCCGCCGUCCAAUCCCCCUCCUCUGAUCUCCACUCUCCCUCGUUACAGUCAGAUUCCCCCUCGUUAGAGUCACAUGCCUCGCUGCCAGCAGAUGUAUCCCUCACUGCAGCCACAUCGCAGGCCCUUUCAAUCGCCGUCUCCAUCUCUCCCGAUUCAUCCUCUGACCCUCACUCCCCAUCCUCCGCCCUCCAGUCCCCCUCUUUAGUAUCACACGCCUCGCUAGUAUCACACCCCUCCCUGCCAAGAGAUGUUUCCCUCACAGCAGCCAUAUCCCAAGCCCGUUCAAACGCCAUUUUCAUCCCUCCUGACUUCGGGGCCGAUCCUCACUCCCCUUCCUCCGCCCCUCACUCCCCUUCCUCCGCCCCUCACUCCCCUUCCUCCGCCCCUCACUCCCCUUCCUCCGCCCCUCACUCCCCUUCCUCCGCCCCUCACUCCCCUUCCUCCGCCCCUCACUCCCCUUCCUCCGCCCCUCACUCCCCUUCCUCCGCCCCUCACUCCCCUUCCUCCGUCCCUCACUCCCCUUCCUCCGCCCCUCACUCCCCUUCCUCCGCCCCUCACUCCCCUUCCUCCGCCCCUCACUCCCCUUCCUCCGCCCCUCACUCCCCUUCCUCCGCCCCUCACUCCCCUUCCUCCGCCCCUCACUCCCCUUCCUCCGCCCCUCAUUCCCCUUCCUCCGCCCCUCAUUCCCCUUCCUCCGCCCCUCAUUCCCCUUCCUCCGCCCCUCACUCCCCUUCCUCCGCCCCUCACUCCCCUUCCUCCACCCCUCAUUCCCCUUCCUCCGCCCCUCAUUCCCCUUCCUCCGCCCCUCAUUCCCCUUCCUCCGCCCCUCAUUCCCCUUCCUCCGCCCCUCAUUCCCCUUCCUCCGCCCCUCAUUCCCCUUCCUCCGCCCCUCAUUCCCCUUCCUCCGCCCCUCACUCCCCUUCCUCCGCCCCUCACUCCCCUUCCUCCGCCCCUCACUCCCCUUCCUCCGCCCCUCACUCCCCUUCCUCCGCCCCUCACUCCCCUUCCUCCGCCCCUCAUUCCCCUUCCUCCGCCCCUCAUUCCCCUUCCUCCGCCCCUCAUUCCCCUUCCUCCGCCCCUCACUCCCCUUCCUCCGCCCCUCACUCCCCUUCCUCCACCCCUCCCUCCUCCGCCCUUCCCUCCCCUUCCUCCGCCCCUCCCUCCCCUUCCUCCGCCCCUCCCUCCCCAUCCUCCGCCUCUGCACACUCCCCCACCUCCCCACCCCCUCAAUCCCUCUCCUUCCCUUCCACCCCUUUCUCCCCAUCCACCUGUGCUUCCUCCUCCUGCCUCUCUCUCCCCCUGUCCCGCCUCCGCUCCUUCUCCCCUCCCCGCACCCACUCUAUCCAAACCAACUCUGACCAGGCCAGUGUCUUUGGCCGCUCCUCUUCCCACACUCACUACUCCCACACUCACUCCUCCCAUACACUCUACUCCCACACUCACUCCUCCCAUACACACUACCCCCACACUCACUACUCAACCCACCACACUCACUUCCCUUCUCACACUCCCUUCUCCUCUCGCACUCUCCAAUCCUCCCAGGUCCAGGCCCCAUCACGCACUCUCUCCUAUCCAUCUGCAGCGACUCAUAUCUCCUCCCACCCUUCCCCGCUGUCCUUCACCACGAUUAGCACAGCACCGCUCCUGUUCCCUGUUGUGAGUGGUGAGGAAGCAGCACCUGAAGCAGCAGCACCUGAUGCGGCAGAACCUGAAGCAGCAGAACCGGGAGAAGCACCUGAAGAAAUACCUGAAGGAGGAGUCGAAGUACCACCAGAAGCACCACCAGCACCUGAAGAAUCACCUGAAACUUCUCAGGAAGAUGCUGGUGUCUCGGCAAGUGAUCAGGAGGAGAGCGUGUUUUCAAUCUCCCUUCUGGGAACGACAGGGGAGGAGGAGAAGAUACUGGAAAGCCAAGAGGAGAGCAAAGAGGUUACUACCGUUGCUGCCAGUGAUCCUGUUCCCUCUGCUCCUGCUGCAUUGUGCUCUGCCACUGGACUUACCAGCAAGGCCAUCAGAAGCACUUUCAACCUUUAUCCAUAUGCCAAGCCUGCCAGCCUCGUCAGCAAGGUGUUCGUAUUCAGGUCCCCAAGCGGGGAAACCGCUACCAAGGCGCUCCAUUCGGGCUCGUGUCAGCAGCACAAGCCGCCUCUUUCUGACUCGCCUCAGCAGCAGCACUCUGCACAUGGCGGCAAUACUACUGCCACCAGCAGCAGCGGUACACCCAUGACACCCACGCAAUCUUCCAUGGCACCUACAAGCUCAUCUGCGAAGGCUUCUGUGACGCCCAAGCGAUCCAAGAGCUUGUCAACAGUAGCUGCUGCCACUGCUUCCUCCUGGCUCCGAUCUCUUAAGUCCACCCUCUCCCCAUCCUCUUCCUCCUCCUCCUCAUCGGCUAAAGCAGCACGCACGAGACAGUCACGUUCCACAGAGCCACACUGGAUACAAUCACCUGCUCUGGCGUCUGUUGAUGCACCCUCUACCUCGGCCUCCUCACUCGCCUCCCUCAUCUCCCCUCAUCAUGCCCCCUACCCUCCCCAUGCCCCCUACCCUCCCCAUGCCCCCUACCCUCCCCAUGCCCCCUACCCUCCCCAUGCCCCCCCUUCCCAUGCCUCCCAUCCUCCUCCUCCUCAACCGUUCCCUGCAUCCGCCCCUGUAGGUCCUGCCUCCGAACCCACAACUUUCUGGAACCUUCCCCCGGUAGACCUCCCUCCACCCGCUAUCGCUCUGGACCCCAUUCCACCCCUUUCUACUCCUUCUGUUCCUCCUUCAACUGCUCCUGCUGCUCCUUCUUCUCCUACUCGUGGCUUGCCCAACUCCCAGCUCUCCACUUCUCCCUCCUCCCUCAUGUCUCCCCUCUCCGCUCUCCCCAACUCUCCUACUUCCUCGCCCCCAGCCCCUCCUGUCAGCACCACCCCUUCCACCCCACCUGUUCGCCCAGCAUCCCCUGCUCUCAAAUCCACCCGCUUUGGAUUCACCCGGAAUUCGCCCCUUCAGAAUUUUCAGAAUUCGCCCAGACAGUCCUCUCCUCCUGCUGCUAGGAUUCGGCCUCCCUCACCGCGCCGUCUCUUGUCCUCCCUUCACAAGAUGCUCAGCCCAGGUGUCGGAUCAGGUGGAAUUUCAGCAGAUUUUGCUGCAGGAGUUGAGCCCAACGGGCUGGCUGUGGCAGUUGAAAUACUUCCUGCUGCUGUAGCCCCUUCCGAGGAUGUAGCAGCAGAUUUCGCUGCAAAACUUGAGACUGAUGGGUUGGCUGGAGCAGAGGAAAUUUCCAAUGCAGCUGUAGCCCCUUGGGAGGAUGUAGCAGCAGAUUUCGCUGCAGAUCUUGAGACUGACGGGCCAGCUGUAGCAGUAUCAGCAGAGAUGGAAGAAGGGACAACCGUUGAGGAGGAGGGAGGUGAAGGGGAGAGCAGUGAAGAGGGGGUAAAGGGGGAAAGAGAGGGGGAAGAAAAGGAGAGGAAGGAUGGGCAGGAGGAGGAGGAGGGAGAAGGGGAGAAGGGAGGGGAGGAGGUUGUGGAAGUGAAGGAGGAGGAUGAGGAGGAUGAGAAGAAGCGUGAGAGAAACGAUGCGGAAGAGGAGGGUGCAGAGAGAAAAACAGGGUGUGAGUGGGUAGGGCUGCAGGAAAGCACAGCACCAGCUGAAGGAGAGGAAGAGAGAGAAGAAUCAGGUGGUGAGGAGGAGAAUGGUAAUGAUAAUGGUCACGCAGGAACAUUGGAACGUGAAGUAAAGGUCGCUGUACCGAGCCUUUCAGAGGGAAGCAUUGCAACCACAGGACCAGCAGCAUCAGGCGUUUCAGAAGGGACAGUCACAUCACCUCUAUCCUCGUGCCUCUCCCCUCCUCCAUCCACCUCCCCCUCCUCCUCCAUAUUUUCCCUUUCUCUCACUCUCGCCCUUGCUUCUCCUGAACCACCUCCGUCCCUCGUCACCCCCACACCACCACCCCUCUCCCUCACCCGCUCCCCCACCCCACCUCCUUCUCUCACACUCUCCCCUGCUCUAGCUGCCCACGUGCCCACUCAACACAGCCUACACAGCCCCACACCACCGCCCCCUUCCCUCGUCACCCCCACCACACCACCACCCCUCUCACUCACCCUCUGCCCCGCCCCGCCCACUUCCCUCCUCCCCUCCCCCGCUCUAGCUGCCCGUGUGGCCACCCAACACAGCCUGCACAGCCACACACCACCGCCCCCUUCCCUCGUCACCCCCACCACACCACCACCCCUCUCACUCACCCUCUCCCCCGCCCCGCCCACUUCCCUCCUCCCCUCCCCCGCUCUAGCUGCCCGUGUGGCCACCCAACACAGCCUGCACAGCCACACACCACCCCCUCCCUCCCUCGCCACCCCCACCACACCACCACCCCCUUCUCUCCCCCUGUCCCCAGCCAUAGCUGCCCGGGUUGCCACGCAACACAGCCUGCACAGCCCCUCCCCACCACCUAACUCCCUCGUCACCCCCAGAUCACAGCCCCCCUCCCUCCCCCUCUCCCCCGCCCUAGCUGCCCACGUGGCCACCCAACACAGCCUGCACAGUCCCACACCACCGCCUCCUUCCCUCGUCACCCCCACCACACCACCACCCCCCUCACUCACCCUCGCCCCCAGAUCACAACCCCCCUCCCUCCCCCUCUCCCCCGCUCUAGCCGCGCGGGUUGCCACUCAACACAGCCUGCACAGCCUGCAGAACCUUCGGAGCAGGCUGCAGCAGCAGCGAAUGGCGAUGCGCCAGCUGGCGGAGGAGACGAGCAGGCUGCGGGGGUGGCUGGGCAGUGCUGCUAGCGGGGGAAGUGUGCCGGUUGGAUCAGGUGGUUUGGCUGACCUGUCAUCACCUCCUGAGUCGUUUUUAAGUGGUGCUGACUCACCAAUUGGUUCUUACUCACCAACUGAUGCUGACUCACCAACUGAUGCUGACUCACCAAUUGAUGCUGACUCACCAACUGAUGCUGACUCGCCAACUGAUGCUGACUCACCAAGUGGUGCUCAUGCUGCAGCGGGAAGGGUGGCUGAAACCAAUGAAGCCGAUGGAAAGACAGGGGCCGCUGAAGCAGUCGAGGGAGCUGAAAUCUGUGAGACAACCGAAGAGAAGGACGUACGUCCGGAGCAGCAGCAAACGCAGUGUAAGACAAGCGAGGAACCUAACGAGUCGACUUCUGGGUCGACUGGAAAAGCACAUGAAGAGAUGGGACGUGAGGCACAAGACACCAAGGGUUUGGGAGGGGGGAGUGGAGCGGAGGGAGGAAGCGGAGGAGUGGAAGCUACUGGUGCAACGGAAGGAGGUGUGCAGUGCAGAGAAAUGGGUUUCUUAGGUGCUGCUUCUCCGAUAACUCCUGCUUCCGGCGCAGGAGUGAACACAGUAGCUCCUAUUUCUGAGGAAGUGGCCAGUACUGUUCAUGACGCGCCUCCGAAACUGGAACGAGCAGCUGUGCUCUUUCCUGCUCGUUCUGUGGCUGCUUUUAAAUCUUCUGCUGCUGUAGCAGGAACGAGCACAGCAGCUUCUGUUUCUGGUGAAGCAGCCAAUACUGUUACUGAGGCGUCUCAGCAACAGGCUUCGUCUAAAGCAGCUGCUACCGCCCCUCAGCAUCCCCUCUGGCAUCCCCUUUACGGUCCUCCCCCUUAG